AUGGACAACACUCUGCUGAAGAAAGAGUUCAGCAGCAAAGGCCAGAGGUUCCCAGUGGAAAAGCAGAGGAGGAGCAGCAGAGAGGCAUUUCUGAAGAUCACACUGCACUUCCUGAGGGGAAUGAAGCAGGAGGCGCUGGCUGAACGUCUGCAGAGCAGAACUAUUACUGCAGAUUGUCAACAUCAACUUAAAUCUAACCUAAAGAAGAAGUUCCACUGUGUGUUUGAGGGGAUUGCUAAAGCAGGAAACCCAACCCCUCUGAAUCAGAUCUACACAGAGCUCUAUAUCACAGAGGGAGGGACCGCCGAGGUCAAUGAUGAACAUGAGAUCAGACAGAUUGAAACAGCAUCCAGGAAACCAGACAGACUAGAAACAACACUCAGACAAGAAGACAUCUUUAAAGCCUCACCCGGAAGAGAUGAACCAAUCAGAACAGUGAUGACAAAGGGAGUGGCUGGCAUUGGGAAAACAGUCUUAACACAGAAGUUCACUCUGGACUGGGCUGAAGACAAAGCCAACAAGGACAUACUGUUCACAUUUCCAUUCACUUUCAGAGAGCUGAAUGUGCUGAAAGAGAAAACGUAUAGCUUGAUGGAACUUGUUCAUCACUUCUUUACUGAAACCAAAAAAGCAGGAAUCUGCAGCUUUGAAGAGUUCCAGGUUGUGUUCAUCUUUGACGGUCUGGAUGAGUGUCGACUUCCUCUGGACUUCCAAAACAAUGAGAUCCUGACUGAUGUUACAGAGUCCACCUCAGUGGAUGUGCUGCUGACAAACCUCAUCAGGGGGAAACUGCUUCCCUCUGCUCGCCUCUGGAUAACCACACGACCGGCAGCAGCCAAUCAGAUCCCUCCUGAGUGUGUCAGCAUGGUGACAGAGGUCAGAGGGUUCACUGACCCACAGAAGGAGGAGUACUUCAAGAAGAGAUUCAGAGAUAAGGAGCAGGCCAGCACCAUCAUCUCCCACAUCAAGACAUCACGAAGCCUCCACAUCAUGUGCCACAUGCCAGUCUUCUGCUGGAUCACUGCUACAGUUCUGGAGGAUGUGUUGAAAAUCAGAGAGGAAGAAGAGCUGCCCAAGACCCUGACUGAGAUGUACAUCCACUUCCUUGUAGUUCAGACCAAAAUGAAGAACAUCAAGUAUGAUGGAGGAGCUGAGACAGAUCCACACUGGAAUAAAAAGAGCAGGAAGAUGAUUGAGUCUCUAGGAAAACUGGCUUUUGAGCAGCUGCAGAAAGGCAACCUGAUCUUCUAUGAAUCAGACCUGACAGAGUGUGGCAUCGAUAUCAGAGCAGCCUCAGUGUGCUCAGGAGUGUUCACACAGAUCUUUAAAGAGGAGAGAGGACUGUACCAGGACAAAGUGUUCUGCUUCGUCCAUCUGAGCGUUCAGGAGUUUCUGGCUGCUCUUCAUGUCCAUCUGACAUUCAUCAACUCUGGAAUCAAUCUGCUGGCAGAACAACAAUCAACCUCCCUUCCCCCAAAAAGAAGCAACACUGAACUGACACAUCUCUACCAGAGUGCUGUGGACAAGGCCCUACAGAGUCCAAAUGGACACCUGGACUUGUUCCUCCGCUUCCUCCUGGGUCUUUCACUGCAGACAAACCAGACUCUCCUACGAGGUCUUCUGGCACAGAGAAGUAGCUCACUGAUCAAUAAGGAAACAGUCGAGUACAUUGAGGAGAAGAUCAGUGAGAAUCUGUCUGCAGAGAGAAACAUCAAUCUGUUCCACUGUCUGAAUGAACUGAAUGAUCGUUCUCUAGUGGAGAAGAUCCAACAGUCCCUGAAUUCAGGAAGUCUCUCCACAGAUAAACUGUCUCCUGCUCAGUGGUCAGCUCUGGCCUUCAUCUUACUGUCAUCAGAAAAAGAUCUGGACGUGUUUGACCUGACGAAAUACUCUGCUUCAGAGGAGGCGCUUCUGAGGCUGCUGCCAGUGGUCAAAGCCUCCAACAAAGCUCUGCUGAGUGACUGUAAUCUCUCAGAGAGAAGCUGUAGAGGUCUGUCCUCAGUUCUCAGCUGCCAGUCCUCUAAUCUGAGAGAGCUGGAGAUGAGUAACAAUGACCUGCGGGACAAAGGAGUGAAGCUGCUCUCUGCUGGACUGGGGAGUCCACACUGUACACUGAAGACUCUCAGUCUGUCAGGCUGUCUGGUCACAGAGGAAGGCUGUGCUUCUCUGGCUUCAGCUCUGAGAUCCAAUCCCUCCCAUCUAAGAGAGCUGGAUCUGAGCUACAAUCAUCCAGGAGGCUCAUUAGUGAAGCUGCUGAAGGAUCCACACUACAGGCUGGACACUCUCAGAGCACUUUUCUCUGACUUGUGUCACUCCUCGUCUCUGGUCUCUCCUGACUUGCUGGAGUCAGUCGGCAGAGCUCUGAAGCUCCGUCCUGCCCCUGCACAGAGCGGAGCACCUCUCGGACUGCUGUUUGUGGAACAUGGUGGAAAGCAGUGGCUGAAACCUGGUCUGAGGAAGUAUGCCUAUGAACUCACACUGGACCCAAACACAGCACACAGAAACCUCAAACUGUCUGAUAACAACAAGAAGGUGACAGUAAUGGAAGAGGAGCAGCCAUAUCCUGAUCAUGAAGACAGAUUUGACUCCUGGUAUCAGCUGCUGUGUAAAGAUGGCUCCUGUUCGGACAGCUGGAUCCCGGCUCCGGACCUCGGACACCACGGUCGGCGCAUGCGCAUAAGGAACAGCUGGUUGGUGAAGCUUUAUUAA